AUGAAGUCUUGUUGGAAAAAUUGCUCUGCCUCAGCAGUGGGCUCUGAAGAUGGAUCAAUUCUGAGUGGAUGCAUUCAACUUUGUAAAGUUAAAAACUGUGAAACACACACCAAACCAGCGGAUUUCGAACUAAUAAUAGAUGGCCUGGGGAGUCCCGAAAGUCCUGUAUUUACAAGGAACGGAAAUCUCUACACGACUGCAUAUAUGGCGGGGGAAAUCCGAAAAAUCGACUUGGAAAAUAGGAAGUCCAAUGUCUUGACUACUUUAUCGGUAAAUGGAUUAGUUGGGAUGCCGGCAGGAUCUCAAUGUGACCUCGAUAACAAUAUUUGGGUAGCUGAUGUGAGGCUUGGCCUAUUAAAGGUGAACCAAAAUGGUUCUUUCCAGCAAGUAGCAACCAAGGACAGCCAAGGUGAUGUUGUACAAGGUUGUAAUGAUCUUACAUGUACUUUUGACUAUCAAGGCAACCUGUGGAUAACUGCCCCAUAUGGACCCAUCGCCCCUAACACAUUCACCGAGUCAUCCGAGGAGGCAUUUGGGAGUGUGUACUGCUACAACAAGACGACCGAUGAACUCAAGAAGGUGACUUCUGGUUUUAUAUACCCGAAUGGCAUAGUAGUGAAACAUGAUGAUCACGGGAAUCCAGUGAAACUCAUCUUUGCAGUGACAUACAAUAAGAACUCGCCUCUCUGGAGUUUCGAUAUCAUCGGCCCUUGUCAGAUUAGAAACAAACAAGUAUGGGGAAGUCUUCCUGCUAACAGUGUAGUAGAUGGUUUGGAGUUGGACGAAGAAGGGAAUCUUAUCGUUUUGGAAUAUGAGUCGGGUACCAUGUAUGUCUUCGGUCCAAAUGGCGGUUCACCAAUGUGUCGAAUAAACUUGCCCUUUCUUAACGCUACAAAUAUUGUCUUCACACCCAACUCUAAUGAGCUCUAUAUGACUGAGCAUGAAUUUGAUGGUUUGUGGAAGAUUCAUUGGAAACACAAAGGAAUGAAGCAAUAUUGCGAGACAUUUUAGAUGUAAAAAAGAAAAGUUCCCCAACAGAAGGCCAAAGUGAAAUGAUAUGUUUUAUGUAUAGAGCGGCCAGUAGAAAAAUUGUAUCAGAAAACUUAGUUGAAAAAACAAUAAAUACCGA